AGUGCAUUUAACCAGGAAGUUCACGCCUCCUUCCUUACCAUGACGCGAAAUAUGUCCAAAGCUCGUUUUGAACCUGGAUCUCCUUCUUAUAAAGCAUACAAUCUAACCACUGCGCCACGGCCGCACAAUAUUUGGCAUAACUUUUUUGGGAAUUAAGAAGCUCGUUUUGAUCAGUUAAGAAAAUUAAAAGGUUUAAAUAGAGAUAAGCGCUAGAAAAAGAAUGAGCUAAAACAAAAGAAGGGAGAGACACCAACAAAAAGCUUUGAAGUUAAUGAUAGUGAAGAGGAGGCAGAUAAUUAUAAAAACCUUUGCAGCUAAAGACAGUGAAGAAGUGGCAGAUACAAAAAAUAGUUUUGUAGUAAAAGAUGAGAAGGCAGAGAAGCCAAUAAAAACCAUUGUAGUUGAAGAUAGUGAAGAGAUAGUAAAUACGAAAAAAAGCUACAUAGUUGACGAUACAGAAGGUCACGGGUCACGGAAUAAUAAAAUGUAUCCAUAUUAAAAACCCUGUAAAAGUCUUAGGAGGCUGCAAGAAUCGAAUCGAAGUACUGUAGCCAGCUGGGCUACUCUCACUGGAUGAAUUGCCAAUAAAAACUGAUUUAAUACGAAGACGGCA